UACGCGGUCCGACCACGAUAGGUAUAUAUCAACUUCAGCUGCGAUGCAUCCUAUUGCAAUGACGGUCGUCAGCAGAAUCUCAUCAGGACCGUAAGUCAGAGUUAUCUGGCUCUAUCGACAUUGUGCAAUGACGGAUACAAGCAAUAACGCUGCGCUUGGCCUCUCACUGUCGUCGUUGCUACCAAGCGGGGCGCAUCCGAUAGUAGCAAGCGUGUUGCUUAUCUUGGUUUCCACAUUCGUAUACGGCUUCUACAAUGCGUUUCUGCAUCCGCUUCGCCACUACCCCGGUCCUCUGCUCUGGCGAGCCUUCCGCAUCCCCCAUGUCGUCUCAACACAUCGUGGAGAGAUUCACAAACGACUCACUGAAUUCCAUACCAAAUAUGGACCCGUCGUGCGUGUGGCUCCCAACGAGCUGUCCUAUGCCAGCAGCCGCGCGUUGAAAGAUAUCUACGUCACCCGCCCUGGCCAUCUGCCAUUCGAGCGUAACCGUACUUCGUUCAAGAAGCAGACCCCGACGGAUCCAAACUCCAUCGUGAACUGGCAUGAAGGAGACCACGCGAGAUACAAACGGGCAUUCGCGAAUGGGUUCUCGGAGAAGAUCUUGAAAGAACAGGCACCGAUCAUUGAGAGCUACGUUGACCUCUUCAUGACACAGCUAAAGAAAAGGAAGACCAUCGAUCUUGAGAAGUGGCUGAACUAUCUCACCUUCGAUAUAUCCGGCGACUUCACAUAUGGCGAGUCCUGGAAUUGUGUCGCGAACGGCAAAGCGCAUGCCUGGGUCGACAUAUCCCAAGACUUCGGUAAAGGCCUUGCUUUGAUCCAGUCAACCAACAUGUAUCCGCCCAUCGAUAAGCUACUCCGCUACAUCAUUCCCAAGCGCAUUUUGAAAAGGAGCAUGGAACACCGAAAGAUGAGCUUUGAACAGGCUCGAAAGAGGAUAGCCAUGGAUACAGAGCGUCCAGACUGGGUAACGCCGACCAAGAAGUACAGCGACCUCAAAGAUCCCUUUACCGGCCCGGAGUGGGGCAUAAACCUGCUCGUACUCGCCUUCGCCGGGAGUGAGACUUCAGCUAGUGCCUUGACUGCUAUCAUCAGAUCCUUGGUACAGCAUAAGGGUGUUCUGCAUCGACUCACCGCGGAGAUCAGGGGAACUUUCCAGAAAGAGAGUGACAUCACAGUGGCAACAACAGGCAACCUGACCUACCUCAACGCAGUCAUCUCAGAAGGCAUGCGCCUUAACCCUCCCGUCGUCAUCGGAGUCCCACGUAUCGCACCUGCAGGCGGCGACAUGGUGUGCGACAAGUGGGUUCCUGAAGGGACCUACGUGGCCUUCAAUCAAUUCUCCGCCUAUCGACAAUCCUACAACUUCCGCAACCCAAACUCCUUCAUGCCGGAGAGAUUUCUGGACCCAAAGUCGUAUCACGAAGAUGACAUGGACGUGUUCCACCCUUUCCUGGUGGGCAGACACAAGUGCGUGGGUGUCAGUUUUGCUUGGUCUGAGAUGCGUCUUAUUCUUGCGAGGCUAGUGUGGAGCUUCGAUAUCAAGCUUAAGGACGAGCGUGAUAGGUGGGAUUGGGGUGAACAGUGUACCUACAUCCUUUGGGAUAAGAAGCCCCUCGAGGUCAUUCUGGAUCAUGUCAACAAGUAGGCAAUGAAUCUUACUCACAUUAGGCGAAUUUGUAAGGUAAAAUGACGGAGUCCUUCGGUAAUGGCUUUUGUAGACUCAUUUCGCAAGUAUUCUACUUACUUCUAUACGCUCCGUACUCAUCAUAUCUCCUGGAAGCGGAGUGCCAAUCGUGGCUCACUUAUGCUAGUACUGAUGCAAGUGCUCCUCCUGGACGAGCAAACCGAUCUGACACAA